GGAAGGAGUCAUGGAAUGCCAAUCCGCAGCAUGUCAGUGGUUUCCCCGAUUUUUCCUCCUGCGGACAUACUGCGAAGUUAACGUUCAUUCGCUGCAAAACGGUUCCUGGUCCGCAGUAUGCUAGUGUGAAAGCGUUUGUCCCUUUUUUGCUUCCCUAACCCCCGAUUGGACAGUCUGCCGGUCUAGCCACUCCCACCAGCCGCAGCUCUCAAAAAUUUUAUUCCGCCAUUUUUUUUUUCCGGUUCAGUGGGGGCAGUAACGUUUAAGCGUUUACUUCAUUCCAGUCCUGACCUAUUUUCCCUGAUGCUACGAUUGUGCUCUUUCCGAUUAGCAGCCUUCCAGCACAGCCACAAAUCCCAUUUUCUCGGGGGGUUUUUUUGCUGAGGGGCAUUGCUCGAGAACCGAAAAUCGGGUCAUUUGACCGAGGCGGACCAGUGAGAGCUCGAGCAAUGCUUGGCGGGAGAGUUGUUCAUGUCGUGAUAGUGCGCACAUGUUUUUUCCAACAAUCAAACUCCCGAUGGCCUCAAAAUCCCUUUUUUUUUCUUGCCCUUUAAACUGAACAUUUUAACGUUUAAACGUUCAUCACACAACAGAAACGUCAUCAGGAGAGGGGGUUGUGUGCUGCGAGACACGGAAAUUGGGUCAUGUGACCAGGCCUGACCAUUGAGAGCUCGAGCACUGCUGGGCGGGAGAAGUUCAUUCCUGGUCUACCUAACGGCUCAGAUGGCGAUGCAGAAAAUGGCUGGACGAGGAGUGUCGUGGAGGGAGAGGGAGACACUGGAUCUCAUCGACUUCUGGGGAGAGGAGAAGGUCCAGGAGUCGCUGUCAAUGUGCCACAGAAACAUAGACGUCUUCGAAAAGAUCGCGGAGCAGAUGGCGGCAAGAGGGCACAAGCGCACGGCUUUGGAAUGUCGGACGAAGACCAAAGCAAUGCGCCAAGAAUACAAACGAGUGGUGGCACACAACUCCAAAUCCGGAAAUGCACCCACAACGUGCCCAUAUUAUGCCCAGCUACAUCGUAUCUUCAGGGGCGAUGCCAGCAUCAGGCCACAACGGGUGGCCAGAAGCCUCUCCCUUCCGCGCGCCGACACACCGAGACCAGUUCAAUUUGAGGGGUCUGAGGAACUGUUUAGCCACCCGAUGGUGACCCUGAAUCUACAAUCUGUGGAUGUCACAGCAAACGAUCAAGGGGCUGCAUCUGACCAGGAACAAUUGAUGGAAGCAUGUGACGGGGGAGAGGUGGGAGAAGAAGAUUCGGACUUGACUCAGGUGGAUGAAAUCACGGAGGAGCAUGAGGACGGCAGUCGUCCAAAUGUGGUCGCUGAAAAUCAGCCCGUUGAAACCGCACCAAAAACCACGGCACAGAUGUCGCCUGCAUCUAGGCUGGAAAAAGCCAGAACCCGAAGCAGACGUGUGGCCUUGCUUAGCACCGUGGCAGAAAAGAUGUUGUCUCAGGCAGAGAGAGAGGAGAACAACAAUGCCAAGGAGAGAAAACAGACAUUGACGGAGAGUCGAGAGUGGCGCAUGCAGUUUCUGGAAGCGGAGCAGAGAAGGCAUGAAGACACAAUGAGGGAGGCACAAGAAGACAGAAAGGCUUUCAUUGAGGCGCAGCAGCAGAACUGUGAGGGCAUCAACAGAGCGGUCAGUGCCUUGAGCUCCCUAACCGAAAUAUUGCUGGGGGGAAACCGGGAGCUGAGACACCAAGCCGUGCCUGGACAAUCAUCUGGAAGGGGAAGUGUGCAUAGAUCUCCACAGGAGAACCCACCCAGAAAGAGGUGCCGUGUGAUUAAACCCAGCAAGAGAUUUGAUUUGUGAUAAACCUUUGAAAUUUGAAAUAUUACUCCUUUCUGGGAAAGUUGAACAGGGCAUGGGCCACGACCAAAUCCAUUUCCCAUUUACCUUUUUUCACUCUCCCCCACACCCGCUGAGAGUGUGGAAUUGCCAGGAUCAACCCAUCACAGCCACAGGGACACAAAAUUGGAGGAGAGAAGAGGAGGAGAGGCGGGGGGAAAGAACAACUCAAUAGCAUUGGGUCAUCAGAAAAGGGAGAUUGUUUGGUCCCAGUCACUUCAUGUGAAAGUUGACUUCGGCAACAAAUAAACAUUUCUGAUAGGCUUUACAGUUUGACUGUGGAUAGGUAUUUUUUGGUCUGAGAAAUUUCAAAUCAAGACUACCAUAUCUAUUGUGUGUGUUUUUUGAAAAGUUUUUACUGUUAACUGUUAUAACAUAACCAAACUAUUUAUUGUUUGUGCCGUUUAAAACUUUUUACUGUUAAUCAUUAAAACAUGAUCACUGUU